GCUCACCAACAGUACUACUGUCAAGGCCGUCGAAAGGUGACUGAAAGCUGCAGCAGCGCUGGCUCGAGUGGUGCAGCUCUGCAGACCUCUCCCCCGACAGGGCUUGUUGGGAACCUCAAGACAUGCGAUGGAUCCCAUUCGCCUGGUGGCAGUGUAACGAAACGUCGCCGUCUCUGUCCUAGUAUGUGUUCCAAACCUGACGAUAGGCCUGCCAGUGGUGAUGGGAUAGCCCUGUCCGGUGGUCUCAAGGCCACCUCAGCGUCACCUAUUUCAGUGGCUGAGAGCGAAUCACCGCCGCAUUCGAUACGACUUAACGGUGCAUCCAAUGGCAGUGGUAAUCUUGUCAACGGGGACUGGGAGCUGUGUGGAACAUCUGAGCUCCGUUGCCGGCUGUGUGGAUACGUCGGACAAACACCACGUGGCAUGAAAAUGCACAACCGUCUACACGAAUGCUCCGUUUCUGCUACGACCCAUCAAAGCGCGAAGCAACACCAACCCGACAAGGCGCCCAGCCCCGGCACUAAGUCCGCCAGCACUCUGGAGUCAAAUACAGCUAUAACAAGUCCAAUCUGCUCCCCACAGUCCUUCCGCGCGCAACCACUUUGCUAG